ACAGGCGAACAUGAAUCAGAUUACGAAACCACUUCCUCCGUUUCAUCUUUAUCUGAUAUUGAAGAUGAUCAAGAUAUAUUAAACGAAACUAUAUACGAUCGUUUAAUAGCUUUGAAAGAUAUAGUACCACCCUCUACUAGAAUUUCCGUUUAUACAAAAUACGAAAAGAGUAAAGGGAUCUUCUUUAAAGUUUUGAAUGGUGUUGGGACUUUAGGUUGGGUGAUCAGUACUAGUGCUUUGUUGAUUGGUUUACCAUUAGCUUUAGCUAUUGAGGAUGAAGGUAGGAUAGUUCAACAGGAAAGGGAAAUGCAAAUGCAAACUGCUGGACAACAACAGGUC